UCGACGCCGCCGCCCUCGGGGUCCCAUGGAGAAGGAGGCCGCCGCCGCCGCCGCCCUGGGGGCCGAAGUGGGCGUGAGGGUGGCGCUCUUUAUGGCUUUCGUAGUGAUGGAUCUCCUCCCUCCCUUUCAGCGGCUCAUCCAACCGGAGGAAAUGUGGCUUUACCGAAACCCUUAUGUGGAGGCCGACCAUUUUCCCACAAAGCCUACGUUUUUAAUCGCAUUCCUGUCUCCCCUGUUUCUGAUCCUCCUGACCAAGUACCUCAAGAAGGCAGAUAGGACAGACACAAAACAAGCCUGCCUGGCUGCCAGUCUUGCCCUGGCUCUGAAUGGUGUCUUCACUAACACCAUGAAGCUGAUCGUGGGGAGGCCGCGACCUGAUUUCUUUUACCGCUGUUUUCCGGAUGGGCAGGCCAACCCCGAUCUGGCCUGUACGGGGGAUGCAGAAGUGGUGAUUGAGGGCCGCAAGAGUUUCCCCAGUGGACAUUCUUCCUUUGCUUUUGCCGGUCUGGCCUUCACCUCCUUCUACCUGGCAGGGAAACUACAUUGCUUCACUCCACAAGGCCAAGGGAAAGCCUGGAGACUCUGCGCCUUCCUGUCGCCCCUGUUCUUUGCCUUCAUCAUUGCUCUGUCCCGCACCUGUGACUAUAAGCACCACUGGCAAGAUGUGCUGGUUGGAUCACUGAUUGGCCUGACGUUUGCCUACUUGUGCUAUCGACAGUAUUACCCUCCUCUGACGGACUCUGAGUGCCACAAACCAUUUCAGUGCAGACACACACUUCCAGCUGCCCUGGAGAGGAAAGUUGUGGCACCCGGCUGCAGACUGGAUGUUUAGGGAUGGAAUCCGCCUCACUGGAGAGCAGAUGAAGCAGCCCGGGCGACAUGCCAGGGUAUUCGGUUUACCUCUUACAUGCCCCAAGGAAGGUGAUGGGCAUAACUCUUGACUUCUGCCUCAUUUGAUUUUCCGAGGCCCUCAUUUUGGUGCAUUGUGUGAUUGAGUACAAUUUUUCCUGCGUGAAGUUGUCUAGACUGUCUCAGAGAGCGAGAGCUUAACGUCGCCAUGCACGUUGCUGCCCAGCCUGUGACUCUCUGACCAUCUGACCGGGGAUUGACCAGGAUUUAUUGAGUGAUACUGUCGUGUCUUUACAUAUCCUCAAAAGGCUUAAAGACCUGGACAUUGUCUGCAUCCUGCAGUCUCCCUUAAUGAUCUCGACUUCACCACUGUAACCUAGAGCAAUCAAAGCCCUUGUGUCAGAGCAAGAAUUGAAAUUAAUUCCAUUUCCUGGGGCCCAAAUUCCUAACUGUUGUCUCCUAAGGCUGUAGCCUUAAUGAAUAGCUUUUAACCUGCUCCUUCCUCUUUUUGUUUGUUUUUUAA